UGGCAUUAAGAAAUAGAAAUAUUCUUAUCAUUUUACAUGGUAUCGGAGCCAAAACCCGAACUCUAACCCUUCCUCCUAGUUCGGCUGUCGGCUGUCUCCCUCCCCCGUUCUACCAACUCUGAUUAUCUUCUUCGGUAGUUCGUUCCUCUCUUGACAUGGCUUCCGAUAACUCCUCUACCACUACUUCUACCUCCACAACAUCGAAUUCUCCUCAUCUUGCCCUUACAACCAUCUCAAAUGUCAAGCUUCAUAUCCCCAUUAAACUUAGCAUCUCGGCCCCCAACUACAAAAAAUGGAGCAGUCUUUUUCUUCUUCUUGUGCGAUGUUUCAACCUCCAAGGUUUCCUUACCGGCGAGACAAAACCCUCCGGUGACAAUGACACGGAAUGGGUCCAAUUUGAUGCCCUUCUUCAAGGGCGGAUCCUUUCGACGGUCACCGAUGAAGUGUCCAAUCUCAUUAUUGCAUCUAAUGACACCGUCGCCGACUUAUGGAAAGCAAUUCACGAUCUCUUUCACGACAACAAGAACGCAAGAGCGAUGCAACUUGAGCAUCAAUUUUGCACUACCGUCAAAGGCACAAAAUCGAUGCCUCGCACCACAUUGCUUCCGACUCAGGACCUUCGGACGAGAACCGUGAUACAUCGGUCCAGUAAUGACGGCCCACUAUACACCUUCAACCCUCUGGAUGCCCAAGCCCACGCUGCCACUAUUGAUCUUGAUACAUGGCAUCGCCGACUUGGUCACCCUAGCUCUGUUGUUCUCCAUGGGGUCUCAAUCUCGGACACUCCUAUCGUCUGCGCCAGUGAUGGGAAUCAGGAGAUCGAGCAACUUUCCCCAAAUUGCCAUGGCGAUGAAGGUGAGAUUGUGGCAGCCGUGGUGCCUGAUUCCGAGGAAGAAGACGAACCAUCUGAAGCUUUGAUGGCCCCAAGCUCUGGGUUCGUGUGUGUUAGAAAUCAUGCAUGUGACAGCUUCCUAAAGCUUAUGUUCCCAGGCUUGGAUUCACCCAAGAUGAAUUUGAAGAGGAAAUUUCAAGAAUCCUCUGCUUUUCCCUUGGACGAGCUUAACCAAGACAUCCUUGAAACUGUUCUUUCUCGGCUACCCACCUCCUCCUUCGGCCGCCUCGCCACCGUCUGCAAGCGGUGGAAGUCGGUGGCCCAGUCUCCCACUUUCCGUCGCUCCUGCUCGGAGGUCCCUUCUCGAGACCCCUGGUUUUACAUGGUUGAUUCCCAGCUUCCCGGUUCCUCCGGCGUCCCGCCGGUGGUGUACGACUCGUCGGAGGAGAAUUGGAAGUACAUCGGCGUUCCUUCUUUUCUCCCGAAAAUGGAGGGGGACGGGGAUUCUUGCUCCUAUUUCGUACCGGUUGCCGCUUCCGGCGGGCUCCUCUGCUUCUUUAGCGAGUCGGACGGGUUCGUGGUUUCGAAUCCCGUCACUGGAUUGUAUCGGGGGAUUCCCUCGCCGGAUUCCGAUUUCCAACAGUCCCCUCUCCGGGCCGUCGCUAUGGCAUCUACUCCGACAGCCUACAAGCUGGUAUUAAUCUCCGGCGAAUUCCCGGAGCUCUAUUUCAGGGUUUAUGAUUCCGGCGAGGGCGGAUGGGGAGAAAAAACACUUCUCCGGCGGAAAACCGGCGACUGUGCCGGGAAAUCCAACGCAGAUGAAGAUCUCGAGGAAUACCCACUCUAUAUCUUGAGCAAAUGCGGCAAUUUAUUGUUAUCGGAGUUGCAGAGGAGCCCCUGCAAGCAAUACUCAUCAGCCAUUUCUUCGAAAUCCGGCAAAGAAACUGUCUUCUUCCUCAGUCCCUCCGGGACGGUGGUGGCCUGCGACCUCGCCGGGAAGUGUUUUGUGGAGUACCCGAGACUUCUUCCGCUCCACCACGACUAUUCGAUCGACUUAGUGGAGUGCGCCGGCGAGGUGUUCGCCGUCGUGCUGUCGGAGUACCUGGAGAGCGCAAGCCUGAGAGUGUGGAGAUUCAACGAGGAGAAGACACGGGAUUGGGAGCAGGUAGUGGCGAUGCCGCCGGCGAUUUCGCACGAGUUUUACCGGAAGACGGUAGACGUGAACUGCGCCGGCGCCGGUGGACGGAUUUUUGUCUGCGCUUCUUGUCCGGAGUUCUGCAGAUACUUCAUCUGCAACAUCGAAGGGAAUGAAUGGUUUGAAGUGCCAAGCAGAGGGAAUGCAUUUAGCUGUGCACUUUCAUUUCAGCCCAGAAUUGAAGCUUCCACAUGAAAAAACCAAGAAAAUAGAAAUCAAACAAUUGUGUUUGCUUUGAAAUACGGAGUAUACUUUUGUUUCUUUUGUAACUAUGCACACAUUAAACCAUUUAUAUUUCCAAAUAUGUUUAAAUAAAAUUAUAGAUUGAUACUCCAUCAAUCCAAAAUGAAUUACCCAUUUGGAUGUGUAAAAUUUCGUGACUUUUUAAAAUGAUUUUAUUUAUAAAUUAGUAUUGAAAAAAAUUUAAAAUUACAGAGUAUCUAUAUAAAAUUUAUAUUAACAGUUUUACAAAACAAAAACUGAUAAGAAUAUUUUAUUUUCUCAAAUGAUCCAUGAAAAAAUACAAACAAAUAAAAGUUAUCGAAAGACCAUAAUAAUGAAGAGGUUAAUCAUUU